AUGUAUGCUUCUACUUCCUUUACUUCACAGAUCGUCCAUGACCUUCUUGUGGACUCACACUCAAGAAGGUUACUACUUCCAAACUCACUUCACCAAUCAGCCAACGCCCCAGCAGCUUCCACAAACAGCCACAAUUCAACGAGUUUUUACCUCGGAGAUCGUGAAUUCGAUGCAAACGUUGUCAUGAUACUCUCAGUCCUAUUAUGUGCUGUUAUUUGCUCACUUGGGUUGAACUCGAUCAUAAGGUGUGCCUUAAGGUGUUCAAAUAUAGUCAUCAAUGACGACUCUUCAAGUGCUAGCAAUAAUAACCCUUCACCAAGAUUGGCCAACACAGGAAUCAAGAAGAAAGCUCUCAAGUCUUUCCCUACCGUAAGUUACUCAUCGGAGUUAAAGCUUCCAGGUUUGGACACAGAGUGUGUGAUAUGCCUCUCAGAGUUCACCAGUGGUGAACGUGUUCGCAUAUUGCCAAAGUGCAACCAUGGUUUCCACGUCCGUUGCAUUGACAAAUGGCUAAGUUCACACUCAUCUUGCCCUAAGUGUAGACAGUGUCUCAUUGAGACUCGAAAGAUUGUUGGAUCUAAACCACGUGUGUUGCCAGUGCAAGAAACCAUUAUAAGGAUCGAACCACUAGAACCAGAAGGUUUGGAGCGUAACUAUAGGGAAGUAUAA